ACGGCCUACUGAUCCAGCCAAUCUCUGUUGGCGCGUAUAUGCGCGCCUGCAUUGCCGCCUUUGUGACAUGCACAACUUUGAUAGUACGUGCACAACGGCUUACUGCUUCCUAGUCCAACCUUCCCCGGCCCCAACGCCUCGAGCAUUGUCUGGAACAGCAACGCCAGACCCAGAUGAGAUAGAUAUCUCGCAGCAUCACUACACGCCCGCAUCUCAACCACGCCUGCCUUCCCCUUUUGCUUUCGAUGGCAACGCCACGGGUGCUUUCCCGCCGUCCCCCUCGGGGCAAGGCGAUCCGUCUCAGGACCCCAUGAUGGCCAUGCUUCAGCAAAUGAUGGGCUCUGGGGCAGGUGGGAUGCCAGGCGCUCAAGGACAGCCAGGCGGCCCAGGUGAUCUACCUCCGGGUUUGGCCAACAUGUUCUCGGCCAUGGGUGGUGGUGCUACUGCACCAGAACCCUCACCAGAGCAAUCCUCAGCCUGGAUCUGGCGUCUUUUACACUCUCUGUUCUCGCUGAGCCUUGCCAUCUACAUUGUCCUGCAGACACCCUUUACUGGAUCGAAGCUGUCCCGUAAUACUGCGCUGUCUACCAUCGACGAAGACUGGGCCGUCGAAAGCAGGCCCAGGCAAGAUUUUGCGCUUUUUUUUUAUUUAUUUGCUACUUUCGAGGUCAUCAUGCAGUCGACACGUUAUUUCAUCGAGAAGGGUCAAUUGCAAGGAAGUGGAAUCCUGAGCACCGUGGCAGGUUUCCUUCCACCCCCAUAUGGCGGCUAUAUCAGAACCAUUGGCCGUUAUGGCGUUAUUUACACCACAAUUGUCAGCGACGCCAUGGUCGUUGUUUUUGUUCUGGGCGCCACCGUCUGGUGGAGAGGCGCUGGUGUUGCAUGAUUAUGCACCUCUCGCAUCCAAGAUAGGUAUCAUGGUAGACUAAUGGAACAACGUCAGCCAGUCACACGACUUCAUACAUGCAGCUUGAACAGGGAAUUUCAGGGCACCAUUCUACUUUCUAGCAGCUGCUGU